GACUGGAGUGGUUUGCUCUUGAUCCCUGCGUGUCUGUGGGGCGACUGUGCCAUGGCCUCGGAUUCGAGGUGGAGCACUUCGAACCAAGCUUAUGGAUCUUUCUGGAAGGCAGUGCCCCUCGAGCCGAAGGUCCUUGCUGUCCCUGUGGCGGAGCGGGCCCACCAAGAGGCCGCCGCCAGACAUGAGCUGCUCCUCCAAAGGUUGAGAGCGCAAAAUCUUCGCGAGCGUCCUGUCGAGGGGGACGGCAAUUGCCAAUUUCGUGCAUUGUCGGACCAGCUCUAUGGCAGUCAGGAGCAUCACACUGCCAUCCGCCAGCAGGUCCUCUUGCAGCUCCGCGGCGAAAAGGAACGCUAUCGGCCCUUUGUGCCAGGUCGUUUCGAGGACUAUGUGAGGUCCAUGGAGACGGACGGCACUUGGGGUGACCACGUGACGCUUCAGGCCGCAGCUGAUGCACUGGGUCUGAGGAUCCAUGUCAUCAGCGAUUACAUGAAGGAGGCGUACAUUGAAGUGCUCCCCCACGAAGUCAAGAGCAGCAAGGUCCUGAACUUGUGCUUCUGGGCGGAGGCCCACUACAACUUGCUUGAAGAAUGCCGCCGCUAAGCGCGCGCGUUUGGACUAAAAACGAGUGAUCAAGUCAGGAGUGAGAUGGUGGAGAUGGAGAGAGCGCCGGUG